AUUGCUUUCCUAUUGUUUACUUCCAUUAUCGUUCCUAUUUCGUAAUAUAUUUCCUAUUUGAUUUCGUCAUUUCAUUGAAUUCGUUGCAUAAUCUGAGUAAUUGUAGUUGUGUGUUGUGAGCUCGGUUCAUAAUUGGGAAGCCACGAGCUAAGUUGGUAUCAGAGAGAUUUUGUCUCCACUGAUUAGCCAGAAACGCAGAUUCUGCUGCGGAGUCCUUGAUUUGGAGAUGAUGAAGAUGGGAUCGGAUGAGAAAUUUCCGGGCGUGAUCAUGCCUUCUUCAAACGCUCAAGUUGGUGUGGGGAAUAACAGAAGGGCUUUGAGUGUAAUCAAUAGGAACAUCAUUGGAGCUCCUCCUUACCCUUGUGCUGUUCACAAAAGAGGGGUUUUGACAGAGAAAAACGAGGCCGGUGGUAAGAACUGUGUCGGUCCAGUGCAUCGUGCUGCGCAAGGAAGUAUGCUUCUGGAUUGGCUGGAAAAACACUGCAUUCCCCUCACUUCAGAUCCAGCCAGCCUAUACGUGCCUGUUACUGCAAGAUGCAGAUGAGUGGAUUCAGUGGAGACUCAGGUUGAUCAACUUGACUUUCUCCGACUCGAGUGAGAUGAAAAGAACUCAGAAGCGUGCGUGCUUUCAAAACCUCAAUCCACUAAUACUAUUAACUAGUAUAGGGAAGUAAGGAUCGAUCCCACAGAGAUGAGGCGUUUGGCAUUUGUUUGCGAGACACAGAUUGGGAAAGGCAGCAGCCACGCUUUCUAGGAGGUGGGUUACAUUAACUACUGGACUUGAGAAACUAAACUAACUAAACUGAUCUAACUCAUAAAAACAUAACUAGUCUACUUGAUCAACUUAACUAACUUUCCAUAAAUUGACAAACAGAAUAAACGUGGACUGUCAGUCCCCUGCAAAAAGCACUGUAAAGUAAAACUUUUCUAACAACUUCAUCUUCUUCAGGAAAUCAACAUGGAAAGCAGAGUAAAGAACAGAUCUGAAAAUUAUGGAAGAUGAAACAUCAGAACAACUUAUAAAAAUAAAUCUACUUCUAAGAUCUAAGCUACGACCACGUAAACAAAAAAAACUAACCCAUAAUCAUGCAGAAACAAAACUUAAACUCGUAGAUCUA